ACAAAAGAAAAAAGAAAGUCGAAAACAAAAAAAAAGAACAUAUGUAAUUUAUAAACAACUCUUACCACCGCGGGAUUCAUCAUUUUAGAAUUACCUGUCUUUCUAUGAUGCUUUGGAAUGAUAUUACUCGAACUAUAUUGCCUGCGCUCCGCAACAACGGAAACAGCUUGGCCCUUUUGCGUUCCUUGACAUCUUCCUCAACAAGUGAAUCGAUACAAAUAAAUGAAACUAAACACAGUGCAACAAUUGUGUUAAAUAGACCGAAAGUUCUAAAUGCUAUGAAUAUGGAUAUGGUCUUGAAAAUCCAGGCGCAAUUGACAAAAUUCGAAGAGUCUAAGUCAUUAGUAAUAGUAAAAGGAUCUGGAGGCAAAAGUUUCUCUGUCGGUGGAGAUAUCUCUUCAUUGCUCAAAGCUGGUCUAGAGGAGUCGAGGAUUUUCUUCCGAAAAGUAUACACUCUACUCUAUUUCAUAGCGAACAAAAAAGUUCCUAAUAUCGCUUUGAUUGACGGGGUGACAAUGGGAGGAGGUUUUGGUUUGGCUGUCCAUGGAAAAUAUUGCAUCGCUACAGAACGUACAGUGUUGGCUAUGCCUGAAACAGCUAUUGGUCUAUUUCCAGAUGUGGGAAGUUCCUGCUUCCUAAACCGAUUGAAUGGCAAACUUGGUCUAUACCUUGGAAUGACAGGGAGUAGAUUGAUGGGGGAAGAUAUUGCUAGAGUGGGACUAGCAACACACUUUUGCAAAAGUAGUCAAUUGCCUGCCCUUGAGGCUGAAUUACUAAAUGCUAACCAUUCGAAUGAGGUUCCUAAAAUUUUAAAUGAGUUUUCAUUAAAACUUGAACCCAAAGAAGAAGGCAUAAGUUUGCUAAUGGCUAAAAUCAAUGCUAAUUUCAAUGUCAAGACGGUUGAAGACAUUUUUAAAAAUCUCGAAAAAGAUGACAGUGAAUGGGCACUUAAGACACUCGCAUCCCUCAAAGAAAAGUGUCCACUUUCAUUGAAACUCACUUUUAGGCAAAUGCAAUUGGGCGUUAAUUUGCCUUUGGAUGAGUGUCUGAAAAUGGAAUACCGUAUGGCAUCCAGGUGUUUGGGAAAUGAUGAUUUUAAAGAAGGUGUUCGUGCUCUUUUGAUUGAUAAAGACAAAAAUCCUGCAUGGAAGCCUGCAACACUUGAAGCAGUGACUGAUGAAUAUGUAGCGACAUUUUUCGCAAGAUUGCCGGAGAACCAAGAAUUGAAGCUUUAAGUAAAUUGUUAUGAAAAUAGGUUCCAUAGAUGUGGAAUAAUAUUUGUUUAUUUUUGUUUGACCAAU